AUGAUGGGAUUAAUCAUUCCUAAAGCUUCAGAAGGAAACAGAUGGAUUGAGUUUGGAAGGUUAAUGGGUUCUUCAAUUGCUAAGGAAAGUACAAGAAAUUUAGGCAAGAACAGGGGAUGGAAUUCAAAGAAUGGUAUUGAAGGCAGAAACAAGCAGGAGUGUGCAUCAGAUGGAGGUGGAAGCUGGAAUCCAAUGCGACGAGAAGCAAAGUAUAGUUUAUGGCCUGAUGGAUUGCAGUUGAAGCUCUUCUAUUUCUUUUGUGGCAAUUGCAGGAGAAGCUUUGAGGAAACUAGUAAGGAAAACAAGAUUGCCAUAGCGAGUAAAAGGGAUGAUAGGUUUAGUCAAAGUGAUAGAGGAGGCUUAUUUGGAGGAGUGAAAAUAGGACGUGAUGAAUUCAAUCUUGAAGGUUUAUGCUCAGAUGAUGAGGAUCAGAGACGUACAAUGUUGGAGGUGCAAGAAUAG